AGGUUGUGAAUUUUGACUGGAACUGCACAAACACGGAAGAAGAAGAAGAAGAAGAAGAAGAAGAAGCAGUCUGUUUUUGGACAUUGUGGUCAACUUCAUCUGACAGGAAUCAUGAUUUUAACAAUAAUAAUCACUGUAUUGUUCUGUUUCGGGUCUGGGCUUACAGAUGACAUCCCUCCCCCUCAGAAUUUGAGAAAUACAUCAGAAAACCUUGGUCUUGUUCUGGAAUGGGAUCCACCACAGACAUCCUCUGCGAAAGACUUCAGAUAUACAGCUGAGUACAAAUCGUGGAAUUUCUUCGAAGCCGUUUGUGUGAAUGUUUCAUCACUGAGCUGCGAUUUCACCAACGAUGUGACCCCUUAUGGCACAUACACACUUCGUGUACGGACAGAGCUGAAUGGAAAAAGCUCUGCCUGGGUGGAAAUUGAGUGUGAACCUUUGGAAACAAUCACUGUUAUUGGUGCUCCAGAUGUGACGCUGCAGAGCAGAAGAGGGAAAAUGGAGGUUGGCAUCACAGAACCUGUUCUGAGGAAAAGCAGCCUUAAGGAUAUUUAUUCAAACAUUGCAUAUAACAUUCAUUACUGGAUUGAAGGAAAGACGACUGAGGUAAAGGUGGUGGACCAGAGCAGAGUGAUGCUCACAGACCUUUUACCAGACACACGCUACUGUGUGCAAGUGCAGAUCGUUAUGGAUCAUAAAAAAUUCAGCCUCCUGAGUAAUAUAACCUGUAAAAUGAACACUGCCAGUGAUGAGGUGGCGCCAUGGCUGAUAGCUGUGGUGCUGUUUGUCAGUCUCCUGGUCACUCUGAUUUCUGUAUUCCUGCCUUUCCUGGCUGUGUGGUAUGGCUACAGAGGAAUCCGGUUUCUGCACCCGAGGGCCAAAAUACCUGAGCACUUUAAACAGUAUCUGACAGAGCGUCCAAGUUCAGCCAUGCUGCUGGCCAUGCAGAACAGUGCUCAGCCCAAGGAGCCUUACCAUGAGAUCAGCAUCAUCACUGCCCAUGAUUCCUCCUGAAUCCACGCAGAAAGCAACUUAAUGUAGACAUGAAUGACGUUCGCUCCAGGAGUGGACUUUAGGAUGAGAUUCAGGAAGGAACAGUGAACUUAUCUUCGCUUUUAUAAUUCAGAAGAAUGUUUUCACAUUGAAAACUUUUCAUAUCCAUUGUUAGCACGUGGACGAGUGAGGAAGCUGUUUACAAUGCUUUUUUAAUACCAAUAGGAAAGGUUUACAGGAUUGCUUUCGUCUGCAUUGUUGUAUAUUUUUUUUUGAGCAAAAUAUUUAGUGAAGUUGAGUUUUUAUAUUGCACUUAAUAAGAUAUUUGUAUUUUAUUAUGCUACCUUGCCAGUAAAUCUACAUACAGUAUUGCUGAUAUUUUUUUUUUUUUUU